CUCCUCCCGCGCCGCCCGUCGCGCCGCCCAGUCGCCCGUCUGCGGCCUCAGGAGCGAUCGGGCGGCAGCCGGCAAGCCGGCGAGGGGACGUCGGAGCGGGCAGGCGGGUGUUCCCGGCCUGCUGUCUAAGGGGAGGAAAGAGGGGGCCGCUCUCCUGGCCCCCGGACUCUCCUCAGCCCCCGCAGCCUGCCCAGGCCGGCAAGGGAGACGCUGAGGAGCUGCGGACUCUGCCGGGUGCAGCCGCCGCCAUGGCUGCCAUGAUGGAUCGGAAGUGAGCUUCAGGGCGACGGCUGCCGGCGCUUCGAGCCGCCGCUCCCCGGCCGCCUCCGCCCGGGAAGCGCGGCGCGGCGGACUGCGGACUGCCCCGGCCCUCGCGACCCCAGGUCCUCAGCUCCUGCCCGCUUCCUCCAAGACUGAGCGGCGGGGAGUGGCUCCCGGCCGCCGGCUCCGGCUGCGAGAAAGAUGGCGGACCCGGCCGAGUGCAACAUCAAAGUGAUGUGUCGCUUCAGACCUCUCAACGAAUCUGAGGUGAACCGCGGCGAUAAGUACGUCGCCAAGUUUCAGGGAGAAGACACAGUCGUGAUCGCGUCUAAACCUUAUGCAUUUGAUCGGGUGUUCCAGUCAAGCACGUCUCAAGAGCAAGUGUAUAAUGACUGUGCAAAGAAGAUUGUUAAAGAUGUACUUGAAGGAUACAAUGGAACAAUAUUUGCAUAUGGGCAAACAUCCUCUGGGAAGACACACACAAUGGAGGGUAAACUUCAUGAUCCAGAUGGCAUGGGAAUUAUUCCAAGAAUCGUGCAAGAUAUUUUUAAUUAUAUUUACUCCAUGGAUGAAAAUUUGGAAUUUCAUAUUAAGGUUUCAUAUUUUGAAAUAUAUUUGGAUAAGAUCAGGGACCUAUUAGAUGUUUCAAAGACAAACCUUUCAGUUCAUGAAGACAAAAACCGAGUUCCCUAUGUAAAGGGGUGUACAGAGCGCUUUGUGUGUAGUCCAGAUGAAGUUAUGGAUACAAUAGAUGAAGGAAAAUCCAACAGACAUGUAGCAGUUACAAAUAUGAAUGAACAUAGCUCUAGGAGUCACAGUAUAUUUCUUAUUAAUGUAAAACAAGAGAACACACAAACAGAACAAAAGCUGAGUGGAAAACUUUAUCUGGUUGAUUUAGCUGGUAGUGAAAAGGUUAGUAAAACUGGAGCUGAAGGUGCUGUGCUGGAUGAAGCUAAGAAUAUCAACAAGUCACUUUCUGCUCUUGGAAAUGUCAUUUCUGCUUUGGCUGAGGGUAGUACGUAUGUUCCAUAUCGGGAUAGUAAAAUGACAAGAAUCCUUCAAGAUUCAUUAGGUGGCAACUGUAGAACUACUAUUGUAAUUUGCUGCUCUCCAUCAUCAUACAAUGAGUCUGAAACAAAAUCUACACUCUUAUUUGGCCAAAGGGCUAAAACAAUUAAGAACACAGUUUGUGUCAAUGUAGAGUUAACUGCAGAACAGUGGAAAAAGAAGUAUGAAAAAGAAAAAGAAAAAAAUAAGACCCUUCGGAACACUAUUCAGUGGCUUGAAAAUGAACUCAACCGAUGGCGUAAUGGGGAGACAGUGCCUGUUGAUGAACAGUUUGACAAAGAGAAGGCCAACUUGGAAGCUUUUGCAGUGGAUAAGGAUGUUACUGUUACCAAUGAUAAACCAGCAACUACGAUUGGAGUUACUGGAAAUUUUACUGAUGCUGAAAGAAGAAAGUGUGAAGAAGAAAUUGCUAAGUUAUACAAACAACUUGAUGACAAGGAUGAAGAAAUUAACCAACAGAGCCAACUGGUAGAGAAACUAAAGACACAAAUGUUGGAUCAGGAAGAGCUUCUGGCAUCUACCAGAAGGGAUCAAGACAAUAUGCAAGCUGAGCUGAAUCGCCUUCAAGCUGAAAAUGAUGCUUCUAAAGAAGAAGUAAAAGAAGUUUUACAGGCCUUAGAGGAACUUGCUGUCAAUUAUGAUCAGAAGUCUCAGGAAGUUGAAGAUAAAACUAAGGAAUAUGAAUUACUUAGUGAUGAACUGAAUCAGAAAUCGGCAACUUUAGCGAGCAUAGAUGCUGAGCUUCAGAAACUUAAGGAAAUGACCAACCACCAGAAAAAACGAGCAGCUGAGAUGAUGGCAUCUUUAUUAAAAGACCUUGCAGAAAUAGGAAUUGCUGUGGGAAAUAAUGAUGUAAAGCAACCUGAGGGAACUGGUAUGAUAGAUGAAGAGUUCACUGUCGCAAGGCUCUACAUUAGCAAAAUGAAGUCAGAAGUAAAAACAAUGGUGAAACGUUGCAAACAGUUAGAAAGCACACAGACUGAGAGCAACAAAAAAAUGGAAGAAAAUGAAAAGGAGUUAGCAGCAUGUCAGCUUCGUAUCUCUCAACAUGAAGCCAAAAUCAAAUCAUUGACUGAAUACCUUCAAAAUGUGGAGCAAAAGAAAAGACAGUUGGAGGAAUCUGUUGAUUCCCUCAAUGAAGAACUAGUUCAGCUUCGAGCACAAGAGAAAGUCCAUGAAAUGGAAAAGGAGCACUUAAAUAAGGUUCAGACUGCAAAUGAAGUUAAGCAAGCUGUUGAACAGCAGAUCCAAAGCCACAGAGAAACUCAUCAAAAACAAAUCAGUAGUUUGAGAGAUGAAGUAGAAGCAAAAGAAAAACUUAUUACUAAUCUUCAAGACCAAAACCAGAAAAUGAUGCUAGAACAGGAACGUCUAAGAGUAGAACAUGAGAAGUUGAAAGCUACAGAUCAAGAAAAGAGCAGAAAACUACAUGAACUUACGGUUAUGCAGGAUAGACGAGAACAAGCAAGACAAGACUUGAAAGGUUUGGAAGAGACAGUGGCAAAAGAACUUCAGACUUUACACAACCUGCGCAAGCUCUUUGUUCAGGACCUGGCUACCAGAGUUAAAAAGAGUGCAGAGAUUGAUUCUGAUGACACUGGAGGCAGUGCUGCUCAGAAGCAGAAAAUUUCCUUUCUUGAAAAUAAUCUUGAACAGCUCACUAAAGUGCACAAACAGUUGGUACGUGACAAUGCAGACCUUCGCUGCGAACUUCCUAAGUUGGAAAAGCGUCUUCGAGCUACUGCUGAAAGAGUGAAAGCUUUGGAGUCAGCGCUGAAAGAAGCCAAAGAAAAUGCAUCUCGUGAUCGCAAACGCUAUCAGCAAGAAGUAGAUCGCAUCAAAGAAGCAGUCAGGUCAAAGAAUAUGGCCAGAAGAGGCCAUUCUGCACAGAUUGCUAAACCUAUUCGUCCCGGGCAACACCCAGCGGCUUCUCCAACUCAUCCAAGUGCAAUUCGUGGAGGAGGUGCAUUUGUUCAGAACAGCCAGCCAGUGGCAGUGCGAGGUGGAGGAGGCAAACAAGUGUAAACGUACACACACCCACAGGUGUUGAAAAGUCAUUGAAGUAUGAAGAGGACAUGGUAUCAAAAAGUCAUUCUGUGACUAUAACCUCUACUUCCUUGGGAUUGUAGAAUUAUAAUUUUUUUUAAUGUAUAAAUUAUACCUGGCCUGUACAGCUGUUUCCUACCUACUCUUCUUGUAAACUCUGCUGCUUCCCAACACAACUAGAGUGCAAUUUUGGCAUCUUAGGAGAGGAAAAUGACAGUUUACAACUGUGGCCCUAUUUAUUACACAGUUUGUCUUUCAUGUCUUAAAUUUAGUCUUUACCGUGCCAAGCUAACUGUACCUUAUAGGACUGUGCUUUUUGUGUUUGUUUCUUUAUGUAUGUUUAUUUUUUUAAUCUGUUUAAAUUACCUAGCUGCUACUGCUUCUUCUUUUCCUAUUAAAAUGUCUUCCUGUUUUUAGGAAAAAUAGAACAUUUAGGUUAAAUGUCUUAAAUUUUACCACUUAACAACACUACAUGCCCACAAAAUAUAUCAGGUCAGUACUGUAUUUUAAAAUUCCUUGAAAAGAUAUCAGGGUUAAAAUUAUUUGUAUCAUUUCUGAAGUUUGCUUCUAAAAACUACUGUGUGAGCACUGAAACCUUACAAAUGCCCAGUGAGGCAUUUGAGACUGAGCAGAGGCUACUUAAUUGUUAUCUCAUGAAAUGCCUGUUGCUGAGUUGUUUUGAAUAGAAAUAUUUUACAAUAUCAAAAGCAGCUCUCAGUUUAUAAGAAAGUUUGGGAAAGGAAUUAUACUUUCUCCUUCCUGAUUCUAUAUUCAACAUAGCUUGAUAGAAUGAAAAAAUACCCUGCUUCAUUCUGGUGAGCUUGCUAGCUAAUAUAAGAAAUGGACAGAUAUUAAUUUGUCAUCUUAAGUAUAGUGAAAUUAAUUAAAGUAUUAUAGGACUAAACAUAAUUUUAUAUUGUUUGUACUUUAUUGGCUGGUCUAAAUUUAUAGCCUAUGGAAAUUAAGAAAAAGUGAAGAAAAAGUUCAGAUACAUGGUGAAUUUUAAAAAUAGGUAAAUUUUGGAAUGAAAUCCUUGGGGUAUUUUUAAUCAGCUACAUUAAAUCAUACACUAUAAUUUAUUUCUUAUUUGAUCUAGAAAUAGUAAAUUGUUUGCAAGUCACUAAUAAUCCUCAAAUAUUUUGUUGGCUAUAGUCCAUAAUUUUAUAAUGAGUACCAAGUGUAUACCUAUUUUUGCCACUUUUCCUGCAGUUUAUUUUAGGAAACUAUGAAAGUAAUAGGGAAAGAGAUUUCCAACAUUUGUUACAUCAGUGGUGGGAGGUGACUGCAACUGUAUUAGCAGAAAUUCACAGAGAAUGGGGAUUUAAGGUAUUCAAUCAGUAGAGAAACUUGGAAAGUUCUGUGUUAGGAUCUGGCUGGCAGAAAUAACUUUUUGAAAAAGUUUUAUACACAGAUAUUUGUAUUAUUGAAUUUGGAGCCAUAGUCAGAAGACUUAGAUCAUAAUUGGCUUAUUUUUCUAUUUCCUUAACUAUUGUAAUUUCCACUUUUAUAAUAAUUUUGAUUUAAAAGAUAAAUUUAUUUAUUUAUUUUUUUAACAGUCAAAAACCUUUGCUCUUGUAGUCUGCAACCUCUAAAAUGAUUGUGUUGCUUUUAGGAUUGAUCAAAAGAAACACUCCAAAAAUUGAGAUGAAACUUUGGUGCAGCAAGAUAUAAGUAACAGAGUUAACAAAAAGAAAGUGCUAUAGCCUCUUCAUGACAAUAGAUUUCUAAGUGCAGAAACAUUUAUAUUGUUUUCAAAUGAAAACUAACUUCUUUGGCAAUAUUCAUAAGUGAAGCAGAUUUUUUUUCUCUUUUGUCUGAAUGUUAGUUUCCUUCCUAUAAGAUAUAUCAUGGGUAUUGGUGCUCUGUAACAAUGAGUUGUAACUAGCAUGUGGUUAAGAAUACAUAAUGUUCGUUUUUAAAAAUAUCUUAGUGGUUCUUUUCUAUUUGUAAUUUCAAACUUUCAUAAAGUGUACCAAGAAUUUCAUAAAUUGAUUUCAGCGAACUGCUCUUUUUGCUGUGGUAGGUCAUUAAACACAGCAGUUACUCUUAGAAAUGAAAAUUUCUGAACAUCUAGAACAUUGACACUUAUUUCCAUUUGCAGUGUCUUUUUGACUGGCUAUAUUAAUGUUCCUCUGAGUAUUGAUAAAUGGUUCACAAGAGAAACUCAAUGAAAUAAGGAUAAUAUUUAUUCAUGUGAUCAAUUAAAUUAUUUGCCUAACUUAAGAAAAACUACUGUGCAUAACUCUCAAUUUGUGCUUAACUCAAUUUGACAUGAGGUGACAGAAGAGAGUCUUGAGUCUACCUGUGGAAUAUGUUGGUUUAUUUUCAGUGCUUGAAGAUACAUUCAAAGAUAACCUGGUUUGGGAAGACGCCAUAUAAUUUUAAGUUAACCUGCAUGCUGUAAAUGUGUUUAUGUUUAAAUAAAGAGGAAAAUUUUUUUGAAAUGUAAUGAUUUUCUUAAAACUUAACCAGUGAAAUAGUAGGUUGAUUUUACAUGACUGAGUGGCCUUCUGGCUUGACAGAAUAGUGACUCAUAUGUCAUUAUACUUAUGUAUAUUUGGUUUCCUAAUAUUUUGUUUGCAGCCUUUUGGACACAGGAAUUAAAUAUGUAGGCUGAAGAGCUAGAAAUGAA